AUGAACUCGCAAAGCUUUGAGAAGGCGAACCGGGAUCGCAUACAGGCAGUGGACAACUCCUUUGGUACUGCAGGGCGACCCUUGUACAACUCCGGCCGGGUUCUGAUGGGAGAGGGUCGUCUGAUGAAGCAGGGACGUCGUCACUCUAAACCUCAGCCUAAAGACUUCUACCUCUUCAAUGACAUCCUGGUGUAUGGCAGCAUCAUCUUGAAUGGCCGCUGGCACAAAAAACAGAAAAUCCUUCACUUAGGUGAGAAUCUUUUCUGAUUUUUCUAACUUUUAAUGAAAAAGGUAACAAAAAAAAGAAAGAGGGCAUUUUUAAGAAGACAAGGUCUCAAUCACAAAACCUUAAGACAAGGUAAUGGAGGGCAGAUUUAGCAGCUUUAUUUUGUAGGUUUUAACAUUGUGAGUUUGGUUUUAACACGAUUCAAGAUCAAUUUCUACUCAUCAAAGCUUUCUUUUACUGCAUCAAAACAUCUUGUAAGAUGAGAGCCUAAUACUGUAUUGGGGCGGAUCUGUAAAUAACAGUAUCAUCUGCAUUCAAAUGAAAAUCUGCAUCAGAGGCACUUUGACCAAUACUGUUGAUAUAAACAACAGAGGCCCAAAAACAGAGCCCUGAGGCACACCGUUUAUUAUUUCAGUCAGUGUCUUUAAUGUCUGUUCAUGUGAAUGUCAUUUCAGAGGACAUUCAGCUGGAGGACAUGGAGGAUGGUUUGGACCUCGUUAACCAAUGGCUGAUCCGCACACCACGCAAGUCCUUCUUUGUAUCCGCCUCUUCAUUAGAGGAGAAGCAGGCCUGGAUGGACCACAUCGAAAACUGCCGUUUAAGCCUCCUGCGGGAGAGGAACCUCAAGCCAAAUUCGGUCUUUGCCAGCUCAUGGAUACCAGACAAGGCUGCCUGCAAAUGUAUGCGCUGCUUGGGCACUUUCACCACGACCAAGCGAAGACACCACUGCCGGAAAUGUGGCUUUGUGGUCUGCAAAGUGUGCUCUGAUCAGAGAGCUCGGAUCAGUAACAUUCACCCCACCAAGAAGCUAAGAGUCUGCCGUCUUUGUCACGUAACCAUGGAGGAGGAGAAUCCACAGCAGAGAGAGAGGGGAGACAGCAUAGGGAAGAGCAGUGAAGAGGAAAUCAGCGAUCAAGAGGAGGGAGGAGAGAUUACCCCUCUGCCCGCAGUGAGCAGAUGGGGACGGAUGAGUAUCUACGAUUACCCGAGAUCGAUACGAGUCUGA